AUGUUUCGCAGGACAUCAUUAACCUGUCGCCUCAAGACUCGAGUGACCAUUAUUGGUUUCUCAGUUCUUCUCAUCUGUUGCUUGCUGCUCUAUCGCGCGUUAGCUUCCAUGCCUGCAACACAUCCUAGGAGACAUCAUCCGUUGCCAACAAUGGAGCAGAAGUAUUCCCCACGGCAACAUUUGAAGCAAAAAGAUACUCCUCAUAAUUCAUUCCAAGCAAAUGUGAUAGAUAAAAACACACACAAUAAUAGUAAAUAUGCAAAUUUCAACCCUGAAGAAUUUGAAAAAAUGAACAGGAAACUACUGGAUGAUAAUAGCAGAAAGGCCUUGUUGAAGUUUUUACACACACUGUAUCCAGCAAACUGGGCCACUGCUUCGGAUACGGAUGAUGUUGCCCUGGAUCUAAAAUACAUCCUCGUAGAUUAUGGGUUGGAGAGCAAGAUGAGCUGCAAGCAGAUUGACAGUUUAACUCUGGAUGCUUCCAUGUCUCAUUCUGGGUCAUCAUAUCUGGAGUAUGCCUACCCUUCUGGGGGUGAGCCAGACAGAAGCAGUGCUCACUUGAGAAGCAGAUUCAACACAAAGCUGGAUAAAUUGGCAUAUGUUUUAAAAAGUCUGUCCUCUGACAGGGAGACCAAAAUUGCUUGCAUGAAGCAGGUUUAUGAAGCGAGCCGAUGUGCAGCUAUGGGAAACUACAGGCUGCUACGAGAGAUUCUCUUCCUAAGUGUUCUUAGACAUCCCAACAUUAUCAUGAUGGAGGGAUACUGUCUCAGAGGUAACCGCGUUUCAGUGCGCAUGCCAGAGAAGGGUCUUAUCAUAGUUACUGAGGUGGGCACUCGUGUGACACCAUCAGUCAUCAGUGAGAUGACUUGGUCUAAGAGAAUCAAGGUGGCACUGCAAGUAGGACAACUGCUACUGUACUUGGAUAACACUCCCGUGGGAAGUCUGCGGUUCAAGAAGCUCAGCCUGCAGGACUUUCUCUUGGUGCAGGGGCAACAUUUGAAGCUGGCAGAGCUUGGUCAGCUUGAACUGGGAGAUCUUCCGUGUACACAUAACUCUCAGUGUGGACUGGCCGAGUCAGCAGAUGUCCAGGCCUGCAGUAAUGGAUUCUGUAAAGGCAUGAAUCGCAUCAUCAAUUUCCGCACUGCUGCCAAGGAAGUACUGCAGCAGGUGCUACAGAACCCACCAGGUCCAUCAGAGGAAACUUUAGUCAGCAACCUCAGGAUAAAUAACCUUGACCUGCCACAGUUUCUACAAGAGCUGCAGGUUAUGUCCAGCAAAUAUGAAUCGAAUGCAUCAGUGGUUGUCGUAAACCCAAAUUCAGCUUUGGUCGUGGGACAAGAGGAAUCCCAUAGAGUCCGAGUUGAGAAACAAGAUAGAGCUGGAGAGGACCACAUACAUAAAUCCGCUAAGGGGGUACAGGUUGCCAGCUCAGAGGCAGUCCUGUCAAAUUUUGUACGCUAUGACCAUCGCAAUUUUGCUGGAAUCUAUGACUACUUGUGUGCUGGUUCAAGAGUCACCUGGGGCUGUGUCCACAUUGUCACUAGUCUGUUGGAGGCGGCAACCCUUUGCCUCAAAGACAGCAUGUGUCGGUCUUUUGUCACAUUCUCCAGCCAACCUGAAUCUGAUAAUCUAAUGACGGUCGUGCUGAAGAAUGACACCGAUUCCAAUCCCCAUAUUUCAUCUGGCACCACAUUAUUCAUUCAUGGCUCUGCUAUGUCAAGUCGGAGAGGAGGAGAGAGACAAGAUGUAGAAACUAAGAUGCAGGAGGAGAAAAAAGAAGUCUCCAUUUCACAACCAUCAACCAAACUGGAAACCUGCAUGGAUGAGACAUUGCGGAGCCAAGAAGCAGCUCGUUAUGCUCGAGAGAAACGCCUCAUGACUCACCUGGGGUUCAAAGGUGUAAGAGAGCAGACCUGGAGAAGAUCUGCCUCAAGACAUCACAUCUCAGGCUUGGGUCGCCUGAUAAAAGCACAAGGCAGUGGAGGCCGAUUUAAGGUUAUGUUUAUUGCUGAAGAUGGUCCUACUGAAUCGCAUUUGGCCUACACUCUCAUCUACCACCUGGACAGGAUUUUGGGGGUGUACCAUACACCUCCAUGUGUUGGCAAACAACUUUCAACAGAAGAUGUGGACCAUUAUCUUAGCGAUGGACAGUGGGACGAAGCUUUCAGACUUCUCAUAGAGUCAGAUGGAACACUGUCAGGGAUCUUGGUUGUGCCAAAACCCAAGGUAAUAAAGAACCACCAGUUGAACUUGGAGCCCCUGAGUUCGAUGACUAAGGACAUUGUGCCAUUCAUUCGCUCCCAGAAACUGCAGCUGGAGUACAUCCUUGUGUGGUGGCUGGGCAAGAUUGGCUACACCGUCAACGACCAUCAGGGUUAUAAAGGUCACUUAAUUCACUUUUAUGCAGACAAGGCUUUUGUCAAACAGGAUUUGGACAUGUCCGGUUACCUGAACCACUGCCAGUUCCCCAGUGUUGUAUACAAGUCACUGACAUGCUUUCAGUGUUCCCCAGAACAAGAGACAGCAGGCACUCAGGUUGUGAUAUGCUCUCUGGGACAGGAGGUUGUCAGGCGAGCCCGUGCCAUGUUUGCUGAUGAUGUUGAAUUGUUUGUCCACAACCUGAGAGCCAGGGAAUUGGCGGAUGUCAUCAACUCAGCUGCAACAUCCGCUAUCAAUAUAAUCAAUACCUGUAUACAGACAUUUGGUUCUGAGAAAGUUCUGUACUAG